AUGUCGUAUCGUGGUCCUAAUCAAUUUGGUAAUCAACCUCCACAUCAUGGAAUACCUUCUCAACCUCAACCACAUAUUGGUCCAAUAUCUUCUAACAAAGGUCCUUUAGAACAAUUCGAAGAAGUUGCUAAAAAAGUGGAAGAUUGGAUUGAUGAUUAUUUUAAAGUCUUGAAACCAUACGUCCCAGCAAUUGGUAGAGCAUUUUUGGUGGCCACUUUCUAUGAAGAUACUUUAAGAAUUUUUACUCAAUGGAAUGAACAGAUUUAUUACUUGCACAAUUAUAGACACUAUUGGCGUUGGUUGACUGUUUUAUUCUUAAUUAAUAAUAUGGUGGUUAUGACUGUUGCAUCUACAUUAGUGAUUGCCAGAAAGAAGAAUAAUAUUGCUACUAUUGCAUUGAUCAUUGUUGUUAUUAUACAAGGUAUUGGAUACGGGUUAUUGUUUGAUGCUCAAUUUGUUUUGAGAAAUUUAUCAGUUGUUGGAGGAUUAGUUUUGGCAUUUUCUGAUAGUAUUGUUAGAGACAAAAGAUCUUUAAAUAUGCCUGGCUUACCAAUGUUGAAUAACCAAGAUAACAAAAAGUAUUUCCUUUUAGCUGGUAGAAUUUUGUUGGUAUUAUUAUUUUUAGGGUUUGUCUUUUCUUCAGAUUGGUCAUUGGGUAGAGUUUUCAUUAUUAUAAUUGGUUUAACUUCUUGUGCUUCAAUUGUUGUUGGUUACAAGACCAAAUUUUCUGCAGCUGUCAUGCUUAUUGCUUUAUUCUUAUACAAUAUAUUUACCAACCAGUUCUGGGCUUAUGCAUCUCAAGAUGCUAGACGUGAUUUUUUGAGAUAUGAAUUCUUCCAAGUCUUGUCAAUUGUGGGAGGAUUAUUGUUAGUGGUUAAUGCAGGUGCUGGUGAAUUUUCUAUUGAUGAAAAGAAAAAGAUUUAUUAA